CAGCCCGCGUCUUACGGUCUUCUUACGACACAUUACAGGGCAAAUCUCUCAGCUGCCGCACAGCUGUUGUACACAUGAGAAAUCGGCCGGCGAUGCCCAUGAUGAUUUCCUUCUCUUGGCUCCCUCUUGCACUCCUCCUGUACCACUGUGAGGCUCACAGAUGGGAAGGGGGCAGGUGCAUCACCCCUGUUGGCUCCUGCUGCACCUGUUCUGUUCAGGCCGGCGUGCAUGGACCUCCGAAGCCACCCCGGGCCGCUCUCUGGGGAAACAGUCACCUCAGGCAACGAAGAGCCUCAAAGCCACUGCAGGUGGGAAACUGCUCAGUUCCUUGUGCAUUGUUCCUCACGUGCUCUGUUGCAGGCCCCAUAAGUCGGGGCGCCGUUCGCCUGUUUUCUCCCCCCUCUGUGCAGCACCCGAUGAGCACACUCAGCGUUCCUUCUCGACGGAGAAGUUUCACGAGCAGAGCCGCCGACAAGAGGACACAGCCCCUCGCCAGCGCCGUUCAGAUGAGGCGACCUCCCGUGGAGAGGACGGGGGAAGGAGGCCCUAAUAUUGAUGAGGACACAGCGGCUCUUCCGGCCAGCCUCAUCGACGAAAUGUCCGCCGGCCUGCGCGAGAAGGCUCUCUCCUGGCUGCAGCACAGGGAGGAGGCGUCUACGGAUGUAUUAUCGCUGGAGCGCCGUGUUGAGCGGCUGCUCGAUGAAAACCCCCUGCCGACUUUGUUGAAGGCCAGCCAGCUGAUCAACGAGGGCCUGCCUUUGGAUAGUGCCAAGCGCAUGUCGUGUGGGCAAUGCACCAAGACAUAUGACGACUGGUACGAGGUUCUCUACGGGCGGCAUCCAUCUGACGUACCAGCAACGGAGGAUGAGCAAGCGCCGGUCGGCGCCGAUCAUAAAGAGACACAGAGUUCUGUCCAGGAGGGUGAGAGGGAUGACGCAGAGGACGUCGAGAGGGCCGUGGACGCCCUGCUCGAGAGCGGCGAUGUCUCCGACACGGUGCCGUCUUUCUUCUUCUGCAUGUCGUGUCUCCUCGACGGCACAGAGGUCCGGAACGCGACCGACAAACGCGAACCAGCUGCCACCGCUGGAGCUUUCACACAGAACGCCACUGCAUCUGCCGACAACAAAAAUGGGACGGCGACAAAGGAGGAAGCCGCGGGCACGACUCACAGCGAUAAUGACAUUGAGGGAGAGGGAGAUGUGGUGAUCGAGGUGCUCACGAUGCCUGGCGUGCCCGAGAAGGGACCCGUGAGCAUGAUGCGCAUCAAUGGGACUGAACAGCAGUUGGGCAAAGACGACACAAACAAGGAGGAGAAGGAAGUUGACAGCAAGGCAGAGAGGGCUGACGCGAUGGCCGUGAUGGCAUCCCUCGACCGCAUCCUCGCGAGAAGAUGCCCGUGCGGCGAUGACGACGAUGACAAGAAGCAGGGCGGCAAGCCCAAGGGCCAGAAACACGCUGCAGCCUUCAUCCAGACCACGAUCAAGGUCAGGAGGCAUGCGAUGCGCAAGCACCACCGGCAGCACAAGAAGCGACCGACCCAUCGCAGCAAACCGGCGCCCUCGCCUAUGCCGUCUCUGCUGAGGAUGGAGGAGAGACAUGAAGACACCGCAGACUCGCAGCUGCAGCUCUUCUGCGACCUCUACUGCCAGACCAUCAAGCGAAGAAAACAGCAGCAGCAGCAGCCUCCCCCUCCUCCGUCUUUCCUGGAGCUGGACAGCCAUCGAACCGCCGUGAACCUCUCCCUCACCCGCCCCACGCCGUACCUCGUACCCACAUACCCCCGGCCAUACAUCGCCACCGCCUCCCUCCAGAUGGUGCCUCUUGGCGGCCAGCCCGUCUCUGCCUUCCACCAGCAGGGCAUCGAUGCGUCUCCUUACCUGCUGUCUCCGUUGCGCAAGCCCAAGCCGGUCGAGAUCAAGAAGGAGGACGUCGAGCGGACGAAGCCGAGUGACGUCAAGGAGGAGGCAGAGGAGGCGGACCCCCUCAAGAAUGAUGAGGGCAACAGCAAGAAGCUUGCAGAGGUGCAUGUUAUGGCCGAGAAGGCGCUCAAUGAGGCUGACACAGCUGUUACCAAGAUGAAGAAGGACAUCGGACAGCUCAGUGCUGACAAACAGGCAAGCAAGGAUGCAGUGCAGUAGUUGGCUGGCGAUGGUGGCUGCCAUCGUGUAUAUGGCUCGAUGUGGCAAUGCAGCGUGAGAUCCACACCAACUUCAAGUUGGUGUUCGACGUCAAACAGAUCGCCCUCCUGGAGAGGCAGAGACGCAAGAAGAUACUCGCGGCAGAGGCACACCUACAACGAGUGGGCGACGGUGCCAAGGACCCAAACACGCCACUUGUGUGCGCGCGCGUGCGUGUGUGUCAGCUGGUGGACCUGGUUGACGUCUUGAAGCAGGCAUAUCUCCGGGCGAGCAAGAAGUUCUGCAGAGACAGACGUCAGACACACACCAGACCGUCCAUCCAAUAUGUUCACACAUAAUGCUUGCUCUUUCCCUCGCUUCAGCUCGCGUGUUGAGUGAGGAGGGUGCCUUGCCUGUGAAGCGACCAACAGCCACAGUACGAGAGACACAACACACAUGAGGACGAAGGACACCACACCCACAUGCAUAUGCAUGUCUUUUCCUCACUUGUGUGUGUGUGUGUGUGUGUGUGCGCUGCGCUGCUGUGUGUCCAACCAGUGCGUCAAGAACCCCAAGGUGCCCGGCAUCAUCGCCAUCAAGGUGAGCAGUAGAGAUAAAGAUGGACAGACAGAGACAGGGCAUACGAGUCACUUCACGCAGGGUGAGAAUCUGCACCGGUGUCUCGGCCUGGAGCUCGUCAGCACAUCAGGCGAAUGCGGAUAGCCGAACCUGCCUGAAGGAACAAACACACAAUUGUAUACCUACCGUGUCGUGAAUGCUGCCCACUAUCUAUCUCGCCUGCAGAGUUGACAAGGUCCAAUCCAUGUUGGAGAAAAACCAGAGCAUCACAUUCGGUCGGUGGAUCCAACACAAGCACAUCCGCUCACCCAGGCAUACUGACUGACCCGUGUUCGGUGCGGUGGGCGUGUGUUCAGGUCAGAAGAAGUAUCCUCGUCUGGACAACAAUCAUGCCAUCUUCGACGACAUCGAGGUCAGGGACCUACGACCGAGAAACGUGCAUACCCUCUGUAUGUGCACGCGUGUCUCUCUCUCUCUGUUUCCUUCACAGGUGCGCCAGACGGGCGAGUACAUCCUCUGUCUGCUCCAAUACCGAAAGAAGGAGAACCUGCCUUAAGCAGGGGCGGCCUUAACCCAGGUGCUGGAGGGACCGCAAAAGGCAUCCGCCGCCACCUUCUCGGUCAUGUCGGUCGAACCCGUCGGCACAGUCGUUGUCGCAAAACGUGAGAGAGCGGAUGAGAGACACCGGCGGCUUGGCUUCCUUUCUUGAUCGUCGCUCUCUCGUCUGUGUGCGCGUGUGUGUGCAGCACUGGGCUCGAGUGCUUUCAGUGUGUUUGGGAGGGGUGGAGGCAUGUUCAUGGUCGUGUCGAUUGUGGCGGUCGUCCCCCACUUAUUGGGGUUUGUUUGAGUCGAGUCGUCGCGGCGGCCAUGCCAUGUGGCUGUGUGGCCCGGUGCGAUGUCAUGUAGAGGACGUGUGGAUGGAUAAGCACUU